AAAAACCCAACAGAGUAAGCCACACACACAUACAGAGUUCAAAAUGCCAGUCUACACAACAAACCACGCGCUCUCAGUCCUCCAAACCCACAGCUGGCGCACGGCCUCCAACUCCGCCGCCUACCUCCUCCCACACAUCAAACCGGACAUGCGGAUCCUCGAUAUCGGAUGCGGCCCGGGCACAAUCACAACGGACUUCGCGCAGCUCGUUCCGCAGGGCUCCGUGACAGGAAUCGAAUACGUCCCUGAGCCACUGGUGCACGCGCGCGCGCUGGCUUCCUCGAGGGGGGUGACGAACAUCGACUUCCGCGUGGGGGACAUCCACGCGCUGGACUUCCCCGAUGACAGCUUCGACGUUGUCCACGUGCACCAGGUUCUGCAGCACAUCGCGGACCCGGUCCAGGCGCUUGGGGAGAUGAGACGCGUCGCGAAACCCGCCGGGGGCGUGGUUGCUGCUCGCGAGUCGGCGUCGUUCACGUGGUACCCUGAGAACGAAGGGAUCGGGUCCUGGCUUGAGUUGACGGAGCGGAUGGGGCGGGCCAAGGGCGGGAAUCCGCACCCGGGGCGCAUGAUUCAUGUCUGGGCGGUGGACGCUGGGUUUGCGCGUGAUCGUGUGGAGCGGAGUGCAGGGACGUGGUGCUACAGUACCCCUGACGAGCGGAGGUAUUGGGGAGGGUCCAUGGCGGAUAGGGUGACGUCGUCCGGGUUUUCGAAGACAGCGAUUGAGGAGGGGUUCGCAACGAGAGAGGAGCUGGAUCGGAUUGCCGGCGGGUGGAGAAGGUUUGUGGAUGAUGAGCAAGGAUGGUUUGGAUUGCUGCAUGGGGAAAUGUUAUGUUGGAAAUGAUUUCACUGCAUUAUGAUUAUUGCGCAAAUCCCGACUACUAUAGCGAGGUGCAGAUAACUUGGAGGAUUGAGAAUCCAUAUAACUAAGCUGUUAUUUUGGGGCAAUCUGGCAACUAGCAACUAGCAACUAGCAAAAUAACUAACAAACUGAGCUGAGGAAAGCAAUGGAAAAG